UACAACUCCACUAUGCACCAGCACCUAGACCAAGAGGAGGGAGGAGGCGGAAGGGGGGGAAUUCCCGUGCAAUCUGGGAUCACGCCCUCAGCCUGCCGGCUGCCAUCCUCGGCUAGAUCAAGGUCAGCGGCGCUUCGGGAGUAACGGUGGAAAACCAAGAGAGCUUGGAUUGCCCAAACUGGGAUUGACGGCAACAGCAGUGGCGGCGGCAGCAACCCUAGGAGGCGUAGCCGGAUCAUCCCCACCCAAGCAGCGAUCUAUCAGUCAAAAACAGCAGCAACAGCAGCAAUUCCACCCGCCACCCACCUCCCAGACCGCGCCUCGUUUAUCUCCAAAGGAUAGAAGCGUUGUCUGCUAGUAGGGCGCUGUCCAACAGGGUCCUGGUGCUGAAUCCAGCUCUGCCUCAAGGCAAGUCUAACUCUUUCCCUAUGCCUUCCACUUCUUUCUCUCGGUGAAGGGGCCUUGACAGCUACCUACAAGAGUCAAGGGGCUGCAGCAAAAGAGGGAGAGUGAAGAGAGGCAGGCUGCCUGCUUCCCUAGUCGGGUUGUUAAAGAGAACGCUCUGCAACUCUGGGAGGCGCUCUUGCUGAUUCAUCGCAUAUUACUUCGAGGCUUUUCCCCCGAGAACAGCGAGGUACUCAUUCCAGGCCCGGGCAGUGGGAUUGAAAGUAGCGGGGUGCAGGAGCCCUACUAAGGGCGGUCACUGCAAAAGAAUAGAAAGAAGUGUGGACCCCAAAGUGGGGGCGGGGCGGGAAACCAUGCCUCUUUGAUGUCAGCUACCUUCGUGGCUACACAGUGCUAAUCAUCAUCCCGCCCCCCUCAAACUCCCAGGGCUUCGAGCCUUCCCGCCAGCCUCUGAGCAACUGACGCCGCCCGAACCGCUAUGGAAGAAGAGCUGAAGUGCCCGGUAUGCGGGUCUCUGUUCCGAGAACCCAUCAUCUUGCCCUGUUCUCACAAUGUCUGCUUGCCCUGUGCCCGCACCAUAGCUGUACAGACUCCCGACAGCGAGCAACACCUGCCUCCGCCGCUCUUGCAUUCUCGGGGCCCUUCGUUGCCCACCGGCUCAACCGCAGGUCCUCCACCAGAAUAUGAAACUGGGACCGGACCAGCCUGUAGUGGUGGAGGCACCAGCAGUAGUGGCGGCGGCGGCGGCGGCGGCGGGGUAGGUGGUGUCGUUGGGGGAGGGGAUCACGCUGAUAAGCUAAGCCUGCACAGCGAGACGGACAGCGGUUAUGGCUCCUACACUCCCAGCCUUAAGUCCCCUAAUGGAGUGCGUGUACUGCCCAUGGUGCCCGCACCCCCCGGCUCCUCAGCCGCAGCUGCCCGGGGAGCCGCCUGUUCCUCCCUAUCCUCUUCUUCCUCCAGCUCCAUCACCUGCCCUCAAUGCCACCGCAGCGCCUCUUUGGACCACCGCGGCCUCCGUGGCUUCCAGCGCAACCGGCUACUGGAGGCCAUUGUACAUCGCUAUCAGCAGAGCCGGGGUUGUGGUACUGGAGCAACUGCAGCAGCUCUAGUUGCCCAUUGCCAGCUCUGUGACCGCACCCCUCCAGAGCCAGCAGUCACGCUCUGUGAGCAAUGCGAUGUACUCUAUUGCUCUGCCUGCCAGAUCAAAUGCCAUCCGUCCAGGGGACCGUUUGCCAAGCACCGCUUGGUGCAACCGCCUCCGCCACAGCCGGCGGCCUCUGCACCUCUAGGUGCUGCUCAAGGAGCCCCCAGCGGCAGCAGCGGCGGCGGCGGCGGCGGCGGCAGCAGCAGCAAAAGCCCAGGCCCGGGGGCAGGAGCAGCAGGGGGUACUGGGGUCCGUAAGUUUCCCACGUGCACAGAUCAUGAGCUGGAAAACUACAGUAUGUACUGUGUGAGCUGUCGGACCCCAGUCUGCUUCCAGUGUCUGGAGGAAGGCAGGCACGGCAAGCAUGAAGUCAAACCUCUAGGAGCCAUGUGGAAACUGCACAAGGCACAGCUAUCUCAAGCAUUGAAUGGUGUUUCUGAUAAAGCAAAGGAAGCUAAAGAGUUCCUAGUUCAGCUCAAGAACAUACUUCAGCAGAUCCAGGAAAAUGGGCUGGACUAUGAGGCCUGCCUGGUUGCUCAGUGUGAUGCCCUGGUUGAUGCUUUAACUCGACAAAAAGCCAAAUUACUCACCAAGGUCACUAAAGAGCGGGAACACAAAUUGAAGGUGGUUUGGGACCAGAUCAAUCAUUGUACAUUAAAGUUACGUCAGUCAACGGGCCUAAUGGAGUACUGCCUAGAGGUGAUCAAAGAAAAUGACCCUUCUGGAUUUUUACAAAUUUCAGAUGCCCUGAUCAAGCGUGUCCAGGUGUCUCAAGAGCAGUGGGUUAAAGGAGCUUUGGAGCCCAAAGUGUCUGCAGAGUUCGAUUUGACCUUGGACAGUGAGCCUCUGCUGCAAGCUAUCCAUCAGCUGGACUUCAUCCAGAUGAAAUUGCCACCUGUCCCCUUACUGCAGCUGGAGAAGUGCUGCACUCGAAAUAACAGUGUUACUCUGGCCUGGAGGAUGCCACCUUUUAUCCAUAGCCCUGUGGAGGGUUAUAUCCUGGAACUGGAUGAUGGAGAUGGUGGGCAGUUUCGGGAAGUCUAUGUUGGCAAGGAAACCCUCUGCACCAUUGAUGGCCUUCAUUUCAACAGUACUUACAAUGCAAGAGUCAAGGCGUUCAAUUCCUCUGGAGUUGGGCCUUACAGCAAAACUGUUGUUCUCCAGACUUCUGAUGUGGCCUGGUUCACAUUCGACCCCAACUCUGGCCACCGGGACAUCGUCCUGUCAAAUGACAACCAGACAGCUACAUGUAGCAGUUAUGACGACCGGGUAGUAUUGGGAACAGCAGCUUUUUCCAAGGGAGUCCAUUACUGGGAAUUCCACGUGGACCGAUACGAUAACCAUCCGGAUCCAGCUUUUGGUGUAGCCAGAGUUAAUGUGGUCAAAGAUAUGAUGUUGGGCAAGGAUGACAAGGCCUGGGCCAUGUAUGUGGACAAUAACCGAAGCUGGUUCAUGCACUGCAACUCCCACACCAAUCGGACUGAAGGUGGUGUGUUUAAAGGAGCUACAGUUGGUGUACUUCUGGAUCUGAAUAAGCAUACCCUAACCUUCUAUAUCAAUGGGCAACAACAGGGUCCUACUGCCUUUGACCAUGUGGAUGGGGUCUUCAUGCCAGCUGUGAGCCUCAAUCGAAAUGUUCAGGUUACUUUGCACACAGGACUAGAUGUGCCAUUGAAUACCAGGCAGCAAAAACUGUCUGGAAACUGAAAUUCCAGAAAUCGAUGAUCUUCAAUGAGAUCUUCCCUGAGAGAAGCCCAGUCAUCCCUACCUUCAAAUUUAGCACAGAAUCUGUCCUGAGUAACACAAAAUGGUCAAAUGAGGAGGGCAGACCAGUAGCCGCUGAAGACCAUAUACAAAACUUUUCCUAUGGAGAAUCAGGAAUGGGUCUCCUCAUCACAAGUCCCUUUUCAUUUACAGAUGUGGGUGUGUGAUCUGUGUAUUUUAUCCUCAUAGUCUCACUUUUCCAUAGCAGAGCUCUUUAGGAUGGGAUGGGAGACUGGGGUAGCUUGAUAUUAAGCUGUUACUCUGAGAACCUCAGAGGUCAGAGUUCCUUUCCUAAGUCACAAGAAAGGGAAUUUUAACAGGGGAGUGAGAUAGCAAAUCUCGGUGGUACAUGUAGGUUUCUUGUAAUUCAUUUUAAAGUGGGAAUUAGUUUUUUGGGUUUCUAUUUCCUGGUUCUGAAAACAGCACUUCCAGAAAGGGAAAUGACCACUGUUUAAUUCUCAGUAUUAAAGGGAGUGUGCUGUUUUUGCCUUUUCCCCUACAUCUUUGUAGUACCUAGGUCGCUAGAUUUUUCUUUUGGUAUAGGAAAAUCAUUCUUUAUAAUAUCUCCAAUUUCUUCCUUCAGGAGUCUACUGCCUGGUAUCUAGUAGUAUCAGUCUAAUAUAAUCAUGCUUUUUUUAAAAAAAUUAUUAAGCACCUACUGUUUGCAUAGCACAAUGCCCUGCACAUGAACAUAUAGAAAAAAAAGUUGAUCCUGUAUUCUAACUUUUCCAUUGAUUUAUUCUGGAGUUCACAGAAUGGCUUUCCUAGAACUUAUAAUACCUAACUCAUUGUACCUGUAACUGUCCCUACAAUUCCCUUCUCCCUUCUUGACUAAGAUUUACCUUAAAAUAGACAAAUACACAUCCACAAAGAAAUAUAUUUAAAUGCUAUAAUGUAAAUACUAAAGUUUUCCUGAAAAUCUAUCCCCAAGUGGCAUAUCCUUUCCUGAAAACUGAAUUCCAAUUAAUGAUGUGCUGGUAAAUGUCUAACAGGCAGUUGUCUGGAGGGAAAAAUAUAUGUACAAAACACCUUUAAGUUUAGCUUUAAUUGUUAACAUUUUCUCCAUUACUUUAAGUCUAGACAAUCAACAAAAUGAU